UUUUAUUUCCAUUUUUUCGCGAGAAAGGAGAAAGUUUGGCAUAAGAAGUUUUCUAGUCCUAACUUUUUGUCUAAUUGAGAUUUUUUCAUAACUGAGACUGGGUUGAGACUUCACAGAACCUGAUAAAUCUUACCGAUUGGUAUGCUAUUUGGAUCCGUUUGGGAUUCCACAUCACACGUCUUCCAUAAUGGCAGCGGACAUUUUACGUAGUAAUCCCAAUUCAUGGGAAGAAACCGCGUUAAGCAGUUCUAGAAACUCUUCCAAAUCCAGUCUGUUGAAUUCAUCCAAACCUUCGGCAGCAAAAUCGAAAGCCUCUCGCGAAGAGCGGAUGCUGAUGUGCACGACGGAUAUCGUGCAACAGUUGAUUGUGAUUUACGAAGACGAACGACAGGGGAAAGGUCCGGGACGAGACGUCAACCUGAACACCAUCAAGUGUGCAACAUCGUCAAAAUAUGGAUUGGAAUGCCAGCCUCGACUGGUGGACAUAAUCGCUGCGGUUCCACAUGAGUAUCGCAAAAUUCUUCUUCCCAAACUGAAGGCUAAACCGGUGCGCACAGCCAGUGGCAUUGCCGUUGUGGCCGUGAUGUGCAAGCCGCACCGAUGUCCGCAUAUUUCCAUGACCGGAAAUGUGUGUGUCUACUGUCCCGGUGGUCCUGAUUCGGAUUUUGAAUACAGUACGCAGUCGUACACAGGAUACGAGCCCACCAGCAUGCGAGCCAUCCGUGCUCGCUACAAUCCGUAUCUGCAGACGCGCCAUCGAGUGGAGCAGUUGGCACAAUUAGGACACUCUGUCGACAAGGUGGAGUUCAUUGUGAUGGGUGGGACGUUCAUGGCGCUACCAGAAGAUUAUCGGGAUUAUUUCAUCCGUAAUCUGCAUGAUGCGUUGUCCGGUCAUACCAGCAAGAAUGUCGACGAAGCCGUCAAAUUUUCCGAACGCAGUCGAACGAAGUGUAUCGGCAUAACAAUCGAAACUCGUCCGGAUUAUUGCCUAAAGAAGCACAUCUCGGAAAUGCUGUCCUAUGGAUGCACGCGCUUAGAAAUCGGUGUACAAAGCAUAUAUGAAGAUGUCGCUCGCGAUACUAACCGUGGUCACACCGUGAAAGCCGUGACGGAGUCCUUCCACAUGGCCAAAGACGCCGGAUUCAAAGUUGUCACGCAUAUGAUGCCCGAUCUACCAAAUGUCGGACUGGAACGCGAUUUCGAUCAGUUUGUUGAAUUUUUCGAAAACCCCAUUUAUCGCCCUGAUGGUUUGAAGAUCUAUCCUACACUGGUUAUACGCGGGACUGGAUUAUACGAACUGUGGAAAACGGGACGGUACAAGUCGUAUCCCGCGCCGGUUCUCAUUGAUUUGGUAGCGAAAAUAUUAGCACUUAUUCCGCCUUGGACCAGGGUUUAUCGUGUUCAGAGAGAUAUUCCCAUGCCGUUGGUCACCAGCGGUGUAGAGCAUGGUAACCUGCGCGAAUUAGCUUUGGCGCGCAUGAAAGAUUUUGGAACAAAAUGCCGCGAUGUUCGUACUCGAGAAGUCGGUAUUCAGGAAAUUCAUCAUAAAGUUCGACCAUACCAGGUGGAACUGAUUCGUCGAGAUUACUGGGCGAACGGUGGCUGGGAGACGUUCCUCUCGUACGAAGAUCCCGCGCAGGACAUCCUGAUCGGUCUCCUGCGUCUCCGCCUGUGUUCUCCGACCACCUUUCGACCCGAACUGAAGCACGACAGCACCCUGGGCACCGUGUCGAUCGUUCGGGAACUGCACGUGUACGGCUCGGUUGUGCCGGUAUCCUCGCGGGAUCCCAGUAAAUUUCAACACCAGGGUUUUGGUCAGCUGCUGAUGGAAGAAGCCGAACGGAUAGCGCUGAAAGAGCACGGUUCAUACAAGAUGGCGGUCAUUUCCGGUGUGGGCACCAGGGAUUACUAUCGUAAGCUGGGCUAUGAAUUGGAAGGUCCGUAUAUGACGAAAACGCUGCGAACCGAGCAGGUUAAGAUAGUCAGACAGGACAGCAUCAAACCGGUGCAGCAUGUAGAGUUUGAGCGGCUGAUUGGAAUGGUGGCGCCAAUCGUUCGCACAGCAGCAUGAUCGGGAAAAUAACUACCGCUGAAUAUUAUGGAUCACAAAUCGGGAUUAUCUAGUUAAAAAAUUUUUAGAUUUGUUUUUGUGAAAGGUUAAUGCGCAACGAAGUGGAUGGUUUGCCGUAUUCCGCUGCGAUUCUGAAUUUUUAACGUUACAGUUGGAAUAUUGUAUUUGUAUUGCCUUUUGUACGAUAUACAUAUUGUCUGCAAUAUCGGUCGUAUUAAAGCUGUAAAGAACACGCUUUAAAA